GAGUAGUUUGAUGCAAAACAGCAAAUAAUUUUGCAAUAAUUUGCCAGAUUUGCGAAAUAUAAGAAUCAUAAUCCUAACGAGUAAUUAGCUCACACAAAGGCAAUAAAGUUUAAAGUAGCAUCAAAAAACUUUUGAACAGUACUUAAGUUCAGUCGUGGUCAGUCACCUUCCAUCACUGGCUUGACUGAAGGACCAAAAACGUGGAGCGCCACUGUCCCCUACAGACUGAAAUCAGUUAAAGGCGAAAGAGCACGGAACCGGUUUCCGGACAAUUCCGAACACCUACGAAGACAACCUCCCCUCUUCUUCCCUUCCUCCCUCCUCCCCUUCACGCCUAAUGUUGCUGUACCUCCAACCCUCCCCCCGUAUCAGAGGAGUAGAAACAACAAGCCGCCAUUUUGUUUGUGCGGACAGACCGUCAGAAACAGGAGGAGAUAACCGAGAGAAGGAGCGACUCCGGCAACCGACUGCAGCCGCUCCGGGAACCGCCGCGGGAAGAAAGAGUGGCAAAAUCCCGUCUGUGUUAUCAAGAGACGGAAAGCAUCACCAAAAAGAUAAGACGUCAGUGGAGGGAAAACCGAGUCGGAGAUCUAUAUGCGUGCAUGAGAAGGAAAUACUCCGAAAAAUCCAAGGAAGGGGGUGUUUUGCGGAGCGGAGACUGAAAGGAGAGGCGGAAGAGGGCUAUAUAUUAUCAUAACGAGGAAAAAACAGCGAAAAGGGAAAACAUCAACAUGAAAAAUCAUUAUGUGUCCGUCGCGGAGGAAGGAAAGAGUCCGCAUAGACAAUUAUAUAAAUAAAUUGCUGCCGGGCAGAAGGGAGAGGUGGAAAGAAAGACGGGUUUAAAGAGAAGGGGAAAAUUGCCAGGAUCAACACGAAGGGGGGCAUUCUCCAUCACAAAGAGUCAAUGAGAGAAUUUUGUCAGCCCAAAACAUUUUCGGGGGGUGUCAGCAUUAGUGUGCCGAUGUAAAGCUUUUCAGUUCCGAAAUAGCCAUAAUUUUUCCGCGACCCACCGUCAAUUUUUUUAAAUCAUAUUUUCGCCUGUCGCGGUAGCUGUGCUCCGGUUUUUGGUUAAGAUCUUUCGUUUUCUCUUCACUUGCCUUGCCAUGACACGCUAUAAACUGUGGGUAACAGUUAAAUUCUUCAGUAUCUUAACCAUUCUCUCAAUGUAUGAGAUUUCAAGUGUUUAAACCACACGAAAACCGGAGGAGGAACCUCUUCUGGAGCACAAGAUAAGUAACCCCUCAGAUCGUCCUCUGCAAAAUAAAACUAAUUAGAUCAAUCUGAGUGUCCGCUGAUCGGCAAUCCGCGCCGUGAUUGCCCCUCAGAACUAUUCUGUCAAAGAAAUUAAGUCUCCAUCCGAGUCGAUUGUGCAAGAGAGGUGAUUUUUGACUAUAUUUUCUAUUUGUAACCUUUGCCAAACCCUGCUUACUGCAAUAGGCAUAAUCGUGCUAAAGGGUUGCAACAACCAAAUGUGCAAUACGAGUCUGUUCUUUCUGACCCAGUGCCUUGCAUGGUCAAACACUAAGUGCACAAUUUAGUCAGCAUGCACAUGCAAAAGAAAACUCGUGCAUGGAAUUGUACAUCCGCUAUAGAUUUUCUUCUUAUCUGAGUAACUGCAAGUGUAGGACUCCAGUGUUUUCGCAUUUCUGCAGAACUGAUAUACUAUUUAUUCAGUUACUGGUAAGCCAAUGCAAGUUAUUCCUCUCAGCAUUGCACUUAAGAGUACCACUGACGCUUUAAUUGUAUGAUAAAACUACUGCUGGUGGUCUCCACUCACCGGCUGACAGACUUUUUGGUUUUGGGGAGGUAAAGGGAUCGGUGGCAUUGCCAGCAGCGGGAUGUGUGGUCAGGUGAGAGAAAUGGUAAAAGGAACCGUGGCUCUCAUAACUGUUGCAUGAGAGAACGACUCCAGAAGUCAAAACAGGAAUACUCCUGGAUUGUGUUUUUGGAUGACAAUUAUCAUUCUUGCACCCUGACCAAGGCUGUUUGUAGUGAUUCAGACCUGAAAUACAGGAUUUCUUCGCCGACUAUGGCGGGUAGGACUGAGUGCGGCAUGGAGGACGGAUCUUGGGACAAUUUUUGUGUCGCAGAAGAGGCUACAUGAGGUUGACAGAGGGCCGCACGCUUGCCUUUUUUGCCGACUCCACCUUCCCACCUCUUCAAAUCUGUGAAGAAACAAAAUCUCCGACAGGGGAGGGGGACUGAUAUCUGCAGAGAGGAAUAAACCGGGAGGGAGAACUGUGAGGGAAGCAGUUCAGUAUUACUAUCUUUCCCCCUACCGUCCCCCAAGCGGUGGGGGAACGAGGUGAACCAUUCCGUAAAGGAAUAAGGAGACGCAAAUAAGGGAAAUACGUUUGCCCUCCGUGGAUCUACAGCAAUUUUUUAAUUCGUCAAAAAUAUGGCCGAUAAUGUCUUGGAGUCCGGCCCGCCUUCAGCCAAGAGGCCCAAGCUGUCCUCUCCUGCUCUCUCGGUGUCUGCAAGUGAUGGAAAUGAGUACUGUCCACUAUUUGACUUGGAGCAUGAUCUCCCAGAUGAACUCAUCAGUUCCUCAGACCUGGGACUAUCCAAUGGAGGGGAUAUCAACCAGCUCCACACCAGUCUUACAGGACUCGGAGGAGGAAUUGGUUUGGGAGGCCAGGAUGCAGCUGCGAAACACAAACAGUUGUCUGAACUCUUACGUGCUGGAGCACCAACACAACAAGGUGGCCCUACUUCCAACAGCACAGCGUCAGGGGCUUCCAUGGGGAUGAUGGGGGGUGUUGGUGUCCCCCCCAGUGGACCUCAAGGCAUGCAUCCCCAAGGACAGCAGCAGCAACCUGGACUAAUGCAGCAGGUUGGGAUGGUUGGAGGGGUAGCGGCGCUCAGUCGGGCAGCUACCAUGAUGGGGGCCCAGAAGGGCAAUCCUGGACAGCAGCAGCAAGGCCUGAUGGGCGGGCAGGUGAUAAAUGGCUCACCAAGAAUGGCCUACCCUGGCAGUGCAGGCAUCGGUAACAAUAGUAAUCUGUUGGCGGAAACCCUGCAGCAGCAGCAAGGUGGUCAGCCAAUAGGACCUGGGGGUCAGGCAGGGAUGAGACCUCAGCAAACCGGAGCACUGAACAAGAUGAAUAUGAUGGCCAAUACGGGCCCCUAUGGUGGUCCUUACGGCCAAUCUGCUGGCCAGGGUUUGCCUGGAGCAGGGCUGGGCCCACAGCUCCAAAAUAAGGGACUGCCCAGUAAUAUGGCCAGCCAGUUCAACAUGGACAAAAAGGCACCAGCGGGUCAAAGCAUGCCUGGGAUGCCCUCUCAGCAGCAGCAGCCCGGAGCAGUUGGUAGUGUAUCCGUCGGUGGAGCAGCAGCAGUGGGAGGGAAUCAGGUUGGACUCAAUGCCGUGGGGGCAGGUCCCGGCUCAGCGCCCCCUACUGCAGACCCCGAGAAACGGAAGCUGAUCCAGCAGCAGCUGGUCCUCUUGCUCCACGCGCACAAGUGCCAGCGAAGGGAGCAGGCCAAUGGUGAAGUGCGGCAGUGCAACCUGCCCCACUGCCGCACCAUGAAGAAUGUGCUCAACCACAUGACUCAUUGCCAAGCUGGCAAGUCCUGCCAGGUGGCGCACUGUGCCUCAUCCAGACAGAUCAUCUCUCAUUGGAAGAACUGCACACGGCACGACUGUCCUGUAUGCCUGCCACUGAAAAACGCUGGAGACAAGAGGAAUCAGCAGUCUCUUGUUAACAGUGCAGGCGUGGGUUUGGUGAACUCUUUAGGUUCUGGGGUACCUGGUGGACAGUCCAACACUCCGAACCUGAACCCUCCCAACCAGAUCGACCCCAGCUCCAUAGAGAGAGCCUAUGCUGCACUCGGGCUCACUUACCAGGGUAACCAGAUGCCUCAGCAGUCUCCACAGGCCAACAUGCCAACCCAGGGGCUGCAGGGGCAGCCUGGGAUGAGGAAUCUAAACUCCAUGGGAGGAAACUCUAUGGGAGUGAAUGGUGGAGUGAGUGUGCAACCCCCUAACCAGCAGUCCUCCCUAUUGCCAAACACCAUGUUGCACAGCAACAUGAAUGCACAGAGCUUGAUGAAUGAUGGUGUGGGGAACAUGGGCUCUAUGCCCACGGCAACUCCUCCUUCUGCUGCAGGCAUGAGGAAGUCUUGGCAUGAAGACAUCACACAGGACCUCCGCAACCACCUUGUCCACAAGCUCUAUGUAUCCUUUUUGUGCAUGUGUGAGAGCAGCGUGCAGGCCAUCUUCCCCACUCCCGAUCCAGCUGCACUGAAGGAUCGACGGAUGGAGAAUCUGGUGGCUUAUGCUCGAAAAGUAGAGGGGGACAUGUACGAGUCAGCCAACAGCAGGGCGGAGUAUUACCACCUGCUGGCAGAGAAAAUUUAUAAGAUCCAAAAGGAGCUGGAGGAAAAGAGGAGGACACGACUCCAGAAGCAGGGCAUGAUGCCAGGCCAACCCGGCAUAGCCUCCCCAGGACUCCCACAGGGGCCUCCCAGCAUGGGACAGCCACCCAUGGCCCCGGGACAACCCCCAAAUGGUCCUCACGCCGAUCCGUCCAUGGUCCGACCGACUGGACCCAACCAGAUGGUCAACAGGAUGCAGAACCCAGCUGGAAUUAACCAGUUUGGUCAGAUGGGGAUGCAGUCGAUGGGUCAGAGGUCAACACCUCCUCUUCCUCUCAGUGCUCCAAUGAACCAGAUGGGCAUGGGAGCAACAAGGAUGGGUCAGCCAAAUGCUGCACAAUUACAAAACCAGUACCUUCCUCCAGGCCAAUUUCCUGGGUCCAGUCCUGGACGUGGUUCUGGUCCUGUUGGCAUGAACCAGCCAGGAGCACAGGCUGCUGUGCCACCGCAGAACCAGAUGUCAACGCCGCCUUCCCUCCCAGCCAGCAGCCCUGCAGCACAGUCUGUUUCUUCUGCCCAAGGCUCUGGAGCCCCUGGAGGCUCUGCAGGGCCUGGUAGUGUCAGUGGUGCUGGGCCCCUACCCAGCCUGCCUCCAUCCUCCACCUCCACUCAGCCCAACUCCUACCCUCAUUGCCCACCAAUUCGAACAAACUCCCCCUCACCAGCACGCAGCUUAACGCCUCAGCCACAUCAAACCCCCCCGACACUCCCUGGUUCUCAGACCCCACAGCCGCAGACUCCCGGCACACCCCAGCUGCCCCCUCUACAGCACCCCCAACAACAACAGCAGCAGCAGCAGCAGCAGCAGCAACAACAACAAGCUUCGCAACAGCAGCAGCAGCAGCCACCAGGGCAGGCGGUGAACUCUGAGAAGGCCAAUCAGCUUCCACAGCAGACGCUUGGGGGUGUGGCUACCUCAGUCCCCCAACCUGGUCAGACUCCUUCUGUGCCUGCUCAGAAUGCUCAUGUGCCAUUGCAGUUGCCGCAGACACCACUAUCUCCGAAGCCUUCUCUGACAGCAGAUGGUCAGGUGUCCUCUCCAGCCUCUGUCAGCAGCAGUGCUGACCCCAGGUCCCAGCUGGACCAGGUGGACGGUCCUGCUCCCAGCCAAGAAGAUGUCAAAAUGGAGGUGAAGAAGCAAGAGGAGGAGGAUGAGGGUGCUGACAGCCAAGGAGAGGGCAAGGGAAAAAUAGGCAAGGGUCAACCUGAUGUAAAGACAGAGGAGAAACCAGAGAUUAAGAAAGAGAAGCUAUCAGGAGAUGGGUGUAAAGGUGAGCCCAUGGAUACAUCUUCGUCCUCUGUGUCAUCGUCGGUAGCAACAGGUGAAGACACGAAGCCUGAGGUGAAGAAAGAGCCCAAAGAGGAAGAGGAGGGAUCAGGGUCAACAACCACCAAUAGCUCCCCAGCCAGCACCCAGAGCAAAAAGAAAAUCUUUAAGCCGGAGGAGCUGCGUCAGGCACUGAUGCCCACCCUGGAAGCUUUGUACCGGCAGGACCCUGAGUCCCUUCCUUUCCGUCAGCCGGUGGACCCCCAGUUACUGGGAAUACCCGUACGUAUUCGAACUAGUAACAAAAGUAACCUGGACUACUUUGACAUUGUGAAGAACCCCAUGGACCUGUCGACCAUCAAGCGGAAGCUAGACACAGGACAGUACCAAGAGCCCUGGCAGUAUGUCGAGGAUAUCUGGCUGAUGUUCAACAACGCCUGGCUGUACAACCGCAAGACGUCCCGCGUCUACAAGUACUGCUCCAAGCUGGCUGAGGUGUUUGAGGCGGAGAUCGAUCCCGUCAUGCAGGGUCUAGGAUACUGUUGUGGGAGGAAGUUUGAAUUUUCCCCCCAAACUCUAUGCUGCUAUGGAAAACAAUUAUGCACCAUCCAACGUGACGCUGCUUAUUUUAGCUACCAGAACAGUUCACCAAAAUAUGGGCUUCUUGCUGACAGGUACCACUUCUGUGAGAAGUGUUUCAACGAAAUCCAGGGCGAGAGUGUUUCCCUGGGGGAUGACCCCUCCCAGCCUCAGACGUCCAUCAACAAAGACCAGUUCCAACGAAAGAAGAACGACACUCUCGACCCUGAGUUGCUUGUGGAAUGUAUUGACUGUGGUCGUAAAAUGCACCAGAUCUGCGUGUUGCAUAAUGAAACCAUUUGGCCCUCAGGCUUUGUGUGUGACAACUGCCUCAAGAAGGCCAACAAGACACGAAAAGAGAACAAAUAUGCAGCCAAAAGGCUUCCCCAUACUAAGUUGGGGAACUUUUUGGAGAUACGAGUGAAUGACUUCCUCAAGCGGCAAAACCAUCCUGAAUCUGGGGAGGUCACCAUCCGCGUGGUCCAUGUCUCAGACAAGGUGGUUGAGGUCAAGCCGGGCAUGAAGUCCAGGUUUGUGGACAGCGGAGAGAUGUCAGAGUCUUUCCCGUACAGGAUGAAGGCCCUGUUUGCGUUUGAGGACAUCGACGGCGCAGACGUGUGUUUUUUCGGCAUGCACGUCCAAGAGUACGGCUCGGACUGCCCACCUCCCAAUCAGAGACGGGUGUACAUCUCAUACCUGGACAGCGUGCACUUCUUCAGACCUCGACACCUCAGGACUGCUGUCUACCACGAGAUCCUGCUGGGCUACCUGGAGUAUGUCAAGAGGCAGGGGUUUACAACAGGUCAUAUCUGGGCCUGUCCACCCAGUGAAGGGGAUGAUUACAUCUUCCACUGUCACCCAGCGGACCAGAAGAUCCCCAAGCCAAAGCGCCUGCAGGAGUGGUACAAGAAGAUGUUGGACAAGGCAGUUGCUGAGCGCAUUGUCCAUGAUUACAAAGACAUCUUUAAGCAGGCAACUGAGGACCGGCUAACCAGUGCCAAGGAGCUGCCUUACUUUGAGGGCGACUUCUGGCCCAACGUACUGGAGGAGAGUAUCAAGGAGCUGGAGCAGGAGGAGGAGGAGAGGAAGAGGGAGGAGAACAGUACCUCAAAUGAGAGCACAGAUGCCACAAAAGGAGACAGCAAGAAUGCCAAAAAGAAGAACAACAAAAAGACAAGCAAGAACAAGAGUAGCUUGAGCCGAGCCAACAAGAAGAAACCAGGGAUGCCCAAUGUUUCCAAUGACCUUUCCCAAAAGCUCUACGCCACCAUGGAGAAACACAAGGAGGUCUUCUUUGUAAUUCGCCUUAUUGCUGGCCCAACCGCCAACUCGCUGCCCCCCAUCACUGACCAGGACCCCUUGAUGGCCUGUGAUCUGAUGGAUGGCCGUGAUGCCUUCCUGACUCUGGCCAGGGACAAGCACCUGGAGUUCAGCUCUUUGAGGAGAUCCAAGUGGAGCUCCAUGUGUAUGUUAGUGGAACUGCACAACCAGAGCCAGGACCGCUUCGUCUAUACCUGCAAUGAGUGCAAACAUCAUGUGGAGACCCGCUUCCACUGCACUGUCUGCGAGGACUAUGACUUGUGCAUCACCUGCUACAAUAUCAAAGGUCAUGAGCACAAGAUGGAUAAGCUGGGGCUUGGAUUGGACGACGACAGCAACAACCAGGCAGCAGCAACUACCCAGAGCCCGGGAGACUCUCGACGUCUCAGCAUCCAGCGCUGCAUCCAGUCGCUCGUCCACGCGUGUCAGUGUCGCAACGCCAACUGCUCCCUGCCGUCCUGCCAAAAGAUGAAGCGUGUUGUUCAGCACACAAAAAGCUGCAAGCGCAAGACAAAUGGUGGCUGUCCCAUUUGCAAGCAGCUCAUUGCUCUGUGCUGCUACCAUGCCAAACACUGUCAGGAGAACAAAUGUCCUGUCCCAUUCUGUCUGAACAUCAAGCAAAAGCUCCGGCAGCAGCAGCUGCAGCACAGACUCCAGCAGGCCCAGAUGUUAAGAAGGAGGAUGGCAAGCAUGCAGAGAGUGGGGCAGCCAGCUGGAGGUCCACCAGGAGGACCAGUUGUAGGGCUUCCAUCACCAGGCAACAACGGCACCACAGCGCCCAGUACCCCAACUUCUGGUGGAACACAACCACCAACACCCCAGACCCCGACUCCGGCCAUGCCUCCAGUCCCACAGCAGGGAAUGGGCCCUGGACCUGGGGUCCAGCAGCAGCAGCAGCAACCUGGUGGAAUGCCUGUACAAAGUGGCAUGCCUCCUCAGCACCCGCUUCACCACCAGUUCCAGCAAAUGGCAAGUGGAGGUGGUGGGGCUGGGGGGAUGAUGAGCUCUCCCCAACAUCAGCAGCAGAUGCUUCCUCAGGUCCAGCAGCAGCAAAGUGGAGCAGGAACCAACCCUCAACAGCUCCAGCAGCACCCCAACAAUGUCCCUCCAUAUGCCAGCAGACCCCCAGGUUCUUCCCCAAUCCAUCAGUCCCAAGGCAAACCGGUCCUCGGCUCAGCAACACCUCCUCAACAGCCACCUGGUGGUGCUGUCAUGGCUGGUGUCGGGGGCCAACAACCUCCCACUCAGCCCCAGGGCCAGCCCUCCAUUCCACAGCAGCAACAGCAGCCACCUUCUGGCCCUCCACCGGCAGCAGUAGAAAUUGCCAUGAAGAUCCAACAGGUAGCUGAUGCUCAGAGGAAGAUGGCGUUGCAGAGACAAGCGGCCCAGGCAGCUGCGGGCAUGAUGCCACCUCACCCUCAUCAUCAACAGGGUCAAGGUCAGCAGAUGGGUAUGGGACACCCACCAGGGGCAGUAGGGAUGGUUGGACCCCAGGGCAUGCCACCACAGACCCAAGCAGCUGUGGCAGUUGCUCGGGCCCACAUGGAUCAACCCCAAGGUGCUCCACCAGGGAUGAUGGUUGGUGCUGGUGGGCCCAUGCAGCAACCUCCUCAGCAGGGUAACCUGCCCCAGGGCCAGCUCCCCCCUCAGGUACAGCUUCAACAACAGAGGAUGGGUGCUCCACUUCAAAACCCUCAACAGCAGCAACAGCAGUGGGCAGGCCAGGGGAUGCCACCUCAGCAGAGGCAAGCUAUGAUGAACCAGAUGGGCCAUCCAGCCAUGAUGGCAGCUCAACAACAACAGCAGCAGCAGCAGCAGCAAAUGCAGCAGCAGCAGCAGCAGCACCAACAGGGCCAUGCUGCCUUGAUAAACAUGGCACAACAGCAGCAGCAACAAGUUGCUGGCAGUGGAGUCCCAGGGGGUGUGGUGCCAGGAGCUACUGGUGUCGCGGGGGCUGUUGCUGCUGGUGGGAACAUUCCCCAAGCAGCCCUCCAGGAGCUGUUACGGACUCUCCGCUCACCUAGCUCGCCACUCCAGCAACAGCAAGUCCUCAAUAUCCUACGGUCCAACCCACAGCUCAUGGCUGCUUUUAUCAAACAGAGGGCCUCAAAAUACAAAGGGGUUCCAGGGGGCCCAGGUGGACCCGGUGGUAUCCCUGGAGGUCCUGGGGGACCCACAGUGGGCCCUGUUGGUAAUGUCAUGGCAGGAGGGGGCCAACAAGUGAAUAUGAAUGCUCCAGGUCCUGGUCAGCCAGGUAUGCACAUGGGGGGUCAGGGUGGAACAAAUAUUAACAUGGCCACUAUGGCCCAGCUACAGCAAGUGCAGCAGCAACAGCAGUUACAGCAGCAACAGAGGCCAAUGCUCAGCAGUUUACAACAGCAGCAAGUGGCAGCUCUCCAGCAGCAGCAGCAGCAGCAACAACAGCAGCAACAAGGGGGAGGAAGAGGAAUGCAGGCCCAGGGGCCACAGAUGGGAAAUCUCAACAGUCCCCAGUUUAGAGAGCUGCUCAUGAGGCGCCAUCUGCAGCAACAGCAGCAACAACAGCAGCAACAACAGCAACAACAACAACAACAGCAACAGCAAAUGGGGGUAAAUCAUGUUCAGUUCCAGCAGCCACAGCCACCACAGGGGCAAGGCUACAUAGGACAGCCUGGGAUGCAGCCUCCUUCAGUGGGACAGGGCCCGCCUGGAGGUCCAUCUCUUGGCCCUCAGCAGCCAGGUGGUCCCCCAGGCCAGCAGGGGCAAGCUUACACAGGAUCGGUGGCACAGCAGCAGGCCACAGUUGCACUCCAGCAGAGACUCCAGCACCAGCACCACCUCCAGAUGCAGCAGCAGAAUGCCAUGGCUGGCCUUCCAGGGGGUGAUGCAGGUGCGGGUGGAGGUUCUCAGCAGCCGCCUCAGGGCCCUCAGCCCACUCAGAGUGGCCCCCCGCCACCAUCUUCUCAGGCUCUGCGCCAACAGGCCCUUCACCAGAGGCUGCUCCAGCAGCAGCAACAUCUGGGCCCUGGGGGGUCACCUGCCCAGCACAGCAAUCCCAUGAGCCCUCAGCAACCACAGCAAGUGGCCCAGUCCCCACACCCACACUUGCAGGGACAGGCACUGCCCACAUCCCUGGCUAACCAGGUGCGAUCACCGCAGCCGUCACCCAGACCCCAGUCCCAGCCACCACACUCAAGCCCGUCUCCACGCAUGCAGCCCCAGCCCUCCCCACAUCACAUCUCCCCACAGAUGCAGACAGGUUCCCCACACCCAGGCCACCUGAACCAGCAUCACCCAGGUAUGGUGGUCCCUCCACAACAACAGCCAACGACCCAGCAACAGAACUCUAUGGAGCAGUUUGGGUCAGACCAGAGUGCCAUGCUAUCUCAGCUGAGCGGCAUGACUGGUCUCCAUGGGCCGGGGGGUAGCGGUCAGGAUCCACUGGGCCAGAAUAUGAAUCACAACUCGUUAGACAUCAUGUAGGAAGUCUACAACUUAACGUGUCAAGUUGAGCUGAAAUGCUUUGUGAUUCUUCGCACAAACUGCACUCACCCAGGACAGUGUUAUUGUUAUUACUUAGCCUUUCUUUUUUUAUACUAUUAUUAAAUGUUAUUUAAAAUGUUUUCAAUAAAGAUGCAUUGAACUGAACUUCCUAUGGGAGAUGAACAAUAAAUCCAGCAGUCGUUAAAUAAAUUAGAAUAAAUGAAUUGUAAGUUAUUGCUGUUAAUAUAUUUUUUUGCCAAUUGUGGACAAAGAGGGGAAUGGUUCCUUGAGCACCACCCCUCACCUCCACCUCUUACUGAAUACAAGAAAGGUGAUAUUUUCGGAGAUUUUGGGGUAAAUAGGAAUAAUUGCCUUUUUUAAGAAAUGUUUUUAAGAUUUUAAAAGUGGUCAGGAAUUAAAGAGGAGAUGAUUUAAUGCAAAGAACUUUUUUUUUUAUCAGUUUCAUUUCCCAUCAUUCAGUCUGUCUAUUUCUGUUUUGCAGAGUGAUGUGGAUUAUUGUUAAUGUAAAUCCAAACAUGAUGCAUAUCUUCAUUUGGAAAUGUUUGGGUUAGCUUUAUUUAUUGUCUUCUUUUGGGGGCGGGUUGGGGUGUUUAUGUAUUCUCAGACUGCUACAAUUCGUAUAGAAAUAUAUUUUUGUUAUUGACAGUUAAGACAGGGGUAGUGGAUAUUUCAUUUCACUUUAGAUGUCUUUAGUUGGGUCUGUUCAGGUGGGAAUAAUUAAAUGUCAGUGUUUUAUUACAGUGGUUGAGGGUCUGCUGUGAGUUUGAGAUGUUGAACAGACAUGUUGUGACAUCCCGGCCAGCUUCUGUGUUGGACAUCGGUCAUGCUGGAAGGGACUUUUCCCUCGCUAACAUGCAAGCCCUCUCCCUCGAAUGUGUGUGCACUCCUUCCUUCAGAGACACUUAAUAUGGAGCAGUGGAGGCUUGGGGAGGGGGGGUGCAUACCUGUGUGCCUGUAACAUUUUGAGUACAUGGGCUGGGAUGUGGAAAAAAACUGGGUGGGGUGGGCUCCUUUUAGUGUUUUUAGGAUUCUACUGUUUGGAGUAAACAGAGGAUUUAGAUCCAAAUGAACUGUGUUGCACAGAAAUGAGGAGAAAGGAGGAGGUAUGAGCAGUCACGUCUCCGUCUCUUUCAGCCUCAUCCCCUUUGCUGCUUCCCUUGGACUUUAACCCCCCUCCCCACCCUUCCUCCUCAGGGGGAAGUUGUUCUCCUGUGCCCCCCCCCCCCCCCCCCCCCCCCCAAACUCCAUCCUCUUUAUCUUUCUGCUAAGAACUUUGGGAGUUUAAUUUAAUAUUUUUUACUGUACAAAGGAAACACAAACUGUGGACUCAAAUACUGUUUUGAUAAUAAAAUGAAAAUUACCAAUA